GUUUCCUCCUCUAUUCCAGAUCCUAGGACUUGGAAUCAGGGAGGAUGAUUGGCAAUGCUAAGGAGUGUGCGGGACUCUAUCUUCUCGAAGGGCCAAGUAAUCCUAUAAAACAAGCUCAUCAUGCAAGUAUUGUUGAAGCAAGAGAUGUACUUCUCCAGAAGCUUCAGAACAGAGAUGCACAAGUAGAGACCUCUGAGAACUCCAAGCCUCUUAGUACAUCUCAAGACCACAUCCAAGUCAGCAAAAAACAAGGGCACGAUAAUCCAUCAUUGGAACACGAUGCAUUGAAGUUUGAAGUUUCAGGUAAAGCUAAUACUGAGCAGUGUUUGGAGAAGGCAAUUGAUGACUCGGGUAACACUUCAGCCGCCGAUGUAAAGUUUGAAACUGAGGAUGAUAUUUCAUUUAGCGAUCUAGAGGAUGAUGACAGUGAAGUCUCUCGUCGAUUAUCGGACAGUAGGACAGCGCAGGACAUUAGAACCUCUUCGCCUGGUGAAUCCAAUGAUUGGGUUCAGCUAAGCGGAAGUUCAAAGGUUCAAAGUGGCAAGCAAAAACCUGGCCAGUCCAAGGAGAAAGACUCGGAAGGUGAGGAGUCGAGUGACUGGCUUGCUGUUGAUGACUAUGAUUAGAUGGUUUGGUAUUUAGUUUGAUUGCCAAAUAAUUGUAAAGUUACAACUUUUUUUUUUUCUUUUUAUUUGUUCCUUGUGUAUUUUUCUCUUGUUGGGGCACGGGGGAAUCUGUGCUGCGAAGAAUUUCAGUGUUAACAUAAGCUUCUUUGUUUCAGUAAAUAAUUCGAGGAAGUUAUUUUCAAACACAAGUAUUAUUGGUGGGAGUGACAG